AUGAUUCUAAAAAGGCUUUACCAAUCUAUUGUAAUCUGGGAUACAGAGUUGGAUACGGCUCGACUACGUCCUAGCUCGGCUACGGUGCUCGAACACGUUCGUCUCCCACUCUGCAAUCCGAAAUUCCUUGUCUCAAUCGUUUCUGAAGAUGCUCUAGUGAAAACCGAUCCAGGAGCAAGAGAUUUAGUUGAUGAGGCUAAGAAUUAUCUCCUCUUACCACUAGAACGAGUGAACAUGCAAGGGCCAAGGACAAGACCAAGAAAACCAGUGAAUCAAGGAGAAGUGCUGUAUGCGGUUGGUGGUUGGUGCAGUGGGGACGCGAUUGCAUCGGUUGAACGAAUGGAUCCAAGUCGAGCAACACCAAUAUGGGAGAAAGUGCUUCAUAUGAAGAAGAGACGUUGUGGCGUUGGCGUGGCUGUGAUGGAUGGUUUACUCUAUGCGGUUGGAGGACACGAUGGGAAUUCUUAUCUAAACAGUGUCGAGAGAUACGAUCCAGCAACAAAUCAAUGGGACUCUAAUAUAGCUCCAACAACCACCUCUCGUACAUCAGUUGGCGUAGCUGUCCUUGAUGGUAAACUCUAUGCAGUUGGUGGUCAAGAUGGGGUGAGCUGUCUGGAUUUAGUGGAGAGAUACGAUUCAAAGUUGAAUGAAUGGUGUCGAGUGGCACCGAUGAGUACACGUCGUUUGGGUGUAUCUGUAUCAGUGCUAAAAGGAUGUUUGUAUGCUGUUGGAGGAUCCGAUGGACAAGAUCCAUUGAACACUGUUGAGAGAUACGAUCCACGCCUUAACAAAUGGACAUUCAUGAAACCAAUGAAUACCCCGAGAAAGCACUUGGGAUCAGCUGUAUAUGAUGGAAAGCUAUAUGCGGUUGGCGGACGGGAUAAUAAAAGUGAGCUAAACUCUGCAGAAUGCUACGAUUCACAGACAAACGAGUGGAGAUUCAUUGUCGCGAUGCAGAGUCGACGAUCUGGGGUUGGCUUGGCUGUCGUGAACGAUCAACUUUUCGCAGUUGGCGGCUUUGAUGGAUGCUCAUAUAUGGAAACUGUUGAGGUCUACGAUCCGGAGCUGAAAGCUUGGCGUAAACAUAGUAAUAUGAAUUAUCGAAGAUUGGGUGGAGGAGUUGGUUCCAUCAAAAUCACGGGUAACACUGGGCAAAUUGUCGAGAAUCCGACGCUUCGCAUCGAGCGAAAGAAUAAAGGAAUCCAGGAUUAUGCUACAGACGAUGUUGUUGGC